AUGCCUACACAUCGUGGCUUCUUGACGGCCUCUCUGGCGAAACUGGCACUCAUUGCACCAUUCUUGGCGCAGCAGGCCAUUGCCGGUGAUAUUGAGGCCCGGACUGUCGAAGUUUUUGCCACCACGUAUCUUGACCUGGGCCAUUGCCAUAAUGCAUGCACUACCAAGAAGUGGCAUGAGUGGGAGACACCAGGUCACGAAUCGCCGCCAUAUGCUACCCACACCAUGCCUGCCGAGGAAGGUUGUGUGACUACAUCGAUAUCUACAAAGCACCCCGAGUGCCAAAAGUGUAAAGGAACUGUCUAUGUAUAUGUACCGAAGACGGAGCAUCAUGCGAAGACUACCACGGUUACCAAGUCUGUUCACACAUCGACGCAACACACCACUAAACCUACUACGGUCAAGACUUGGACCAGGCCCUCGUCUUCCAGCAAGCCGGUGACUGAGUCCAAGUCGUCUACCACCAAGAGAGAGCCAACAACUACAAAGAAAGAGACAACGUCUACAAAGAAGGAGCCGACUACCACAAAGAGAGAGCCAACGACUACUACGAAGAGAGAGCCGACGACUAGUACAAAGAAAGAGUCGACGACUACGAAGAAAGAACCAACGACCACAAAGAGAGAGUCGACGUCCACAAAGAUAGCGUCAACGACUACUAAGAGAGAACCAACGACUACCAGGACAUGGACAUGGGCUACAAGCAAACCACAAUCUUCGACCAAGACGUCCACUACGACGAAAGAGCCAACUUCAUCUUCAACGAGGACAUGGAUAUGGACAUGGACUUCAACCAAGCCACACUCUUCUACCAAGACGUCAACUGCGACGAAAGAGCCAACGACUACAAAGAGAGAGCCAACGACUACCAAGCGUGAAACGACUACCACGAAGACAUGGACAUGGACAAGCAGACCACUCUCCACCAAGACGUCAACUGCGACAAAAGAGCCAACUUCCACCAAGAGAGAGCCAACGACUACCAAGCGAGAGCCAACGUCCACCAAGCAUGAAACGACUACCACGAGGACAUGGACAUGGACAAGCAAACCACUCUCGACCAAGACGUCGACUGCGACCAAAGAGCCAACUUCCACCAAGAGAGAGUGGACGACUACAAAGAGAGAAUCAACGUCGACCAAGCGUGAAACGACUUCUACAAAGCGUUAUCCUCGUCCCACCCCUCAUUCGGGGCCAACCGUCGGUGAUGCCAAUGCCCAGUGCGGCAAUCACCAGGUCCUCUCAUGCUGCCGUUCAGGAAAUAGCGCUGGUCUCCUAAACAAUGUGCUGGGCGGCCAAUGCUCACCCAUUAAUGUUCUUAUUGGUACGAGAAAUUCCCUUUACUACUACAAGCAACAGGUCAGAUGA